AUGAGCUUCGGAUUCAGUGUCAGCGAUUUCCUAGCAGUUGCGGACUUGUUGGAGAGCACCAGGAAACGUUUCAAGGGAGCGCCGGCGGAAUACAAUGCACUGGCUGAUGAGACGCGGACACUCCAAAUAGUUGUCAACGACAUCCGAGUCCAGGUUGAGGACGAUGAGAUUGCGCACUCCAUCAAGGUUGCUCUGCGAAGCGCCAAGAACAACUGCGAGUCUGUCUUGAAGGACCUGAAUGCAGUGAUCGAUGCUCACACUGAACUUGGCUCAGCUCCUGCAGGGCCCCGAAAGAUACCACGGCGGAUAUGGAAGCGUCUCCGAUGGGAUCCCACCGAAGCGGAACAGCUACGCCUUCGGCUCAAUGCAUCCGUCCAUCUCCUGGUGGCUGUACGACAAAGUGUGGACAGGACACAACAACGCGACAUAGCUCAAGAUUUGAAGAAGCUCACUGUAAGCCACAACAGCAGCGAAAUGCUCCGUGUGGCGGACUGGCUUGCUCCCGACACCUACUCUGAACAUCAACGUGACUAUUUCACCAGGGUCCAAGCAGGGACAGGACAAUGGGUAUUCGCCGACCCACGGUUCUGCAAUUGGUUUGACAGCAGAGGACCUUCUACGUUGCUGCUUCCUGGCAUUCCGGGAGCAGGCAAGACUUUCGUUGCGUCAAUCAUUAUCGACAGGUUGCAAGCACACGUAUCCCAGGAUGACACUUGUGGGCUUGUAUUCUUCUACAGCAGCUUCAAAAGGCCCGCUACACAGUCCUGCCGCCACAUCGUCUUCAGCAUGGUACGGCAACUAUACUUGCAGCAGUCACGCAAAAACGAUGUUGUCAAGAGCGUCUAUGAGGAACACAUAAAGCGUCAACCAGCCACAUCUCCUAGCCUAGAAGAAGCAUGUACGAUCCUCGAACAGCUUUUGUUGGGAUUUUCGGCGGUUAAUUUUGUCAUCGAUGCCUUGGACGAGUGCAAGGGACCGGAGGGAUCUGCUGACAGGCCUUGGAAUUAUAUCCCCAGUCUUCUUUUUCGAUUGCAAGAAAAGUUGAAAUCUCAAAUGGCAAUCAAGCUGCUCGCAACUUCAAGACCCGAUCUGGAAAUUGACGGCAUCUUCCUCAAAGCUGAACGGCUGAUAAUCUAUGCUAGAGACGACGACCUUGGUAAGUUCUGUGAUUCGCUGAUACCGAAUAUCCGGUGCGUUGCCCAUAAGACCGAAUUGCACCCUAAGAUCAAAAGAGCCAUCUGUGAGAGCGCGGGGGGCAUGUUUCUGUUGGCACAACUGCACUGCGACACCCUCGCAGCCAAGACAAAACCUAAGGAUGUGCUACGAGCUCUCGAGGCUUUUGGCCGAGGUGGUGACGCUCUAGACAGAGCCUACCAGGAUACGCUCACAAGGAUACAGAGCCAGCCUGAAGAGUACAGUGUGCUCGCCAAAAAGGUCUUGGUUUGUAUCACGUAUAGCGCCGAACCACUCACACUCGACCAAGUAAGACAUGCACUUGCCGUCGACCAGGAAACCAGAGAACUGGACCCAGAGUACGAUUUGGACAACCCCGACGACGUCGUCUCGAGCUGUGCUGGCCUAGUGACCAUCGACUCUGAGAGCAAAAUCAUUCGUCUGGUCCACUAUACAACACAAAGCUUUCUGGAAUCGCUCGGUAACCGACUUCUGUCGGAUCCCCAUGACUUCCUUGCCAGCUGUUGCUUGGAUUAUCUGCACCUGGAUGUGUUUGCACGAGAUCAUGGCGAUUGGUAUGAUGGCCCCCCUCACUCACUGCAAUUUCCGUUCUUGAAAUACAGCGUACAAUACUGGAACUGGCAUCUUUCGUCUGGCAGCGGCGACAUAGCUCUGAGGCAGAAGGUGUUCUCUUUUCUCGACGACAGUGCACGUGUUACAACUGCGUUGUAUUCCUUGAACAGAUAUCUUGCUGGUUCCCACGCCUCAGGUGCCCUCCACCUCCUCGCCACCAUGGGGUUGAAUGACUGGAUUGGCGACUAUAUUAAUCGCGGACCGCCAACAGAUUGGAACGGGAGUGAUCAAAUGUCAUGCAUUGAGUGUAGGAGGUACGGACCUUGCAUGACGGACAAUGCGACGCCCUGGGUGACAUGGCUAACAAGCUGGAGCGAUUCCUUUAACCGCACGCCCUUGAGUUCGGCAAUCCGUGAGCACCAUGAGUCAACAGCGAUUUUGUUGAUCGAUCUGAAUAACAAGGUAUUGGAUGAGGUAGAUGUGUAUGGCAGAAACCCUUUGCACUAUGCGUCAAGUUAUGAUUUGAGCGCUGUCGCCCUCAAGAUCCUUGAGAAGCCCGAGAAGGUAUCCUGGUAUCAAUAUCGAGAUCCGAUUGGCCGGACCCUUCUAUGCGUGGCUGCUCUUUACGGGUUGGAAGCAGUAGUUGAUCGACUGCUGGAACUGGUGUCCGCCUUCGCCUACAGCGAUGCGAUCUCUUAUACCACUUGGAAAGGCCCAAAACACGAAACGCCACUUUGGUCCGCGGCUAGGAUGGGGCACCUUGGAAUUGUUAAGAAGUUGUUGGCGAAUAGCCGAGGGCGUGAGCUUAACUUACCAAACCUUAAGGGAGAGACGCCUCUGCAUGCUGCGGUAAGAGGAGAUCAUUUGGAGGUGAUUCAGUACCUCAUGAGCCAAGACGGCAUUGAGACAGAUCGUCGUGAUUUAGGAGGAUGUUCCGCCCUGCACUUGGCCCGAAGUCGGCAUGUCAUCGAAUAUCUGCUCAGUACUGGCCUCUUUUCAGCUGAUUCCACAGAUUUCAGAGGCCAAACUGUGCUCAUACAUGCUGUGUUGAAUGCGGGGCUGGAGGCCGUGGUAUAUUUGACGUCUCGACAGGAUGUUGACGUGAAUGGCACCGACCAGUACGGGAUGAAUGCUCUUAUGGCGGCUGCCUCUAUAGCGUUCGCAGAUGCCAUCGCUCACCUUGCUCCUCUGGUACGUGAUGUUGAUUCGACUGAUAAAGCUGGCCGUACAACCUUACACUAUUUAUGCCUAUGCUCUCGUCUGGUACGCAGGGACUCUCGCAGUCGUUUUCAGGCGAGACUCGACGCCUUGGUCAGAAACGGCGCUUCGUUAGAUAUCAAGAACAAUGACUCUCUCACUCCAUACGACGUACUGCGCAGUCGAUGGAGAGACUCCCUCAAUGGUACUGAUGAGCGUGAAAUUUUGGAAGGAUGGAUGUUGAUCAUGGAGUCAUACAUGUCGGCCACUGCCGAGGAAUGA